UGACUCCAUUCAAUAUGGAGAACAGAAGAUAGUCUGGCUCGCUCUGCGUUUCGCUGCUCCCACUCAGGUCUCGGUCACUUUCGCCUUUCGGACAUAAAAAAUAUGAACUAGUUUUCAAGGUACAGGACUCGCUCACGUACGUUUGACAUUUAUCCAAAUACCGUCUGCAUGUAAAUUGUUACUCGCCCACUUCACGUCAGUCACAACAGCACUGACGUAGCUAAAACUGUAAAACUGUUGUGACACUUAAAACUACUGGUUUCCUUUAAAAACUACAAUAUCCUCUGCGCUCUCGGCAUCCGGAGGACGAUUUGAAUGCUCGAUAGUUUCCACGUAAACAAUUACCAAGUUGUGUCGAGCUGCGGGGUGAAAGGUGACAUCGCUUCAGUCUGUCGACUCGUAGAAUGCACAAUGCGGCGAGUGUCUCAGCCUCUCUGGGGUCCAUGGGACUGCUGCGUCUCUUCGGGGUGUCCUGGUCCUGGAGCCUGGCAGCAGGCCUCGGGGUUUAUCUGGGCACAAAAAGCUGGAAGUACUUCUACAUUGCAGCACGAACGGCCAAGAGAGACAUCAAUGGCCUCUACGUGCUGUUGAGAGUGAAGAUGGCUUUGUGGCGCUACAUGCGCAAUGGAAGUAACAUUCCUUCCAUAUUCGCCCAGACAGUGAAAAGACAUCCAAACAAACCGGCACUCAUCUAUGAGGCCACAGGGGAGACGUGGACUUUCAACCAGCUGGACGAGAUGUCUAAUGCAGUGGCCCACUGGGCGAGAGGUCAGGGGUGGAUCUCUGGCGAUGUGGUGGCCCUCUUCAUGGAAAGCAGACCGCUGCAGGUGGCGCUUUGGCUGGGCUUUGCCAAGGUCGGGGUGGAAGCGGCGCUCAUCAACUUCAACCUCCGCCAUGAUUCCCUCAUGCACUGUAUCGGGGUUUCAGGUUCACGCGCUGUUGUGUUCGGAGCUGAGCUUGCUGAGGCCAUGUUGGAGGUCAGUUCUUCCAACACCCAGUCCAUGCAGAGGUUUAGUACAGGGGACAUCAAUGCGGAACAUCUGGCCCGGCUGGGUGCUCAACCUCUGGACCCAAUUUUAGCGUCUUCACCCAGACAUCCCCCUUCACCUUGUGUUCCCCACAAAGGCAUGAACGACCGCCUAUUUUAUAUUUACACCUCCGGCACCACAGGACUGCCCAAGGCUGCCAUUGUGGUACAUAGUCGCUACUACAGAAUUGCUGCUUUCGGGUAUUUUGCCUUUCGCAUGAGUCCCGUUGACAUCGUCUAUGACUGCCUGCCGCUCUAUCACUCAGCAGGUAAUAUCAUGGGCGUCGGUCAGUGUCUGAUCCAUGGCCUCACCGUGGUAGUGAAGAAGAAAUUCUCUGCCAGCCGCUUCUGGGAAGACUGCAUUAAGUACAACUGCACUAUAGUGCAGUAUAUCGGGGAAAUCUGCCGCUACCUGCUGUCUCAGCCAGUUCGGCCGUCAGAAAAAGGCCACAAAGUUCGUCUGGCGGUGGGAAACGGGUUGCGCCCCAGUGUGUGGGAGGCCUUCACCGAGCGUUUCGGGGUGAAGCAGAUCGGCGAGUUCUACGGAGCAACCGAGUGCAACUGCAGCAUUGCCAACAUGGACGGCAAGGUGGGAGCCUGUGGAUUCAACAGUCGCAUUCUCCCCAACGUGUACCCAAUCCGUCUGGUGAGGGUGGACGAGGACAGCAUGGAGCUGGUUCGUGACAGCCGGGGGCUCUGUGUGCCCUGCCGCCCUGGGGAGCCAGGACUUCUGGUGGGUCGUAUCAACCAACAGGACCCAUUACGGCGUUUUGAUGGCUACGCUAACCAAGAUGCUACAAAGAAGAAGAUAGCUCACAAUGUCUUCAAGAAGGAUGAUUCUGCAUAUCUAUCAGGUGACGUGCUGGUGAUGGAUGACAUGGGCUACAUGUACUUCCGUGACCGCAGUGGAGACACCUUCCGCUGGCGAGGAGAAAAUGUCUCCACCACCGAGGUGGAAGGCGUACUCAGCAGUCUUCUGGGUCAGACCGACGUGGCUGUGUACGGCGUGGUAGUUCCAGGUGUGGAGGGUAAGGCGGGCAUGGCCGCCAUUGCUGACACCACAGGGAGUUUUGACUACAACAGUUUCCUGCAUAAAGUCCAGCAAGCUCUUCCUUCGUAUGCGCGCCCCGUGUUCCUAAGAAUCUCCCCACAUGUGGACACCACAGGUACAUUUAAAAUCCAGAAAACCCGGCUGCAGAGGGAGGGAUACGACCCACGUCUCACCGCCGACCAGAUCUACUUUUUGAACACUAGAGCUGCAUGUUAUGAGGCAGUAGACGAGGAGCUAUACAACGCUAUAGCGGAGGGAAGGAUGUCUCUAUGACAUGGAGGCCGUAGCAGGUCGGCCAUGCUGCCUCAGUUAAAGAGAUCCUGUAGAGGGAGGAUAACAUAUUCAAACGCUGGUGUCAGGAUUAGUCAGUGUUGGUGCACCACCUGUCAGGAUUUGAACCUUUCAGGGAACAGAGUUGAGAGGACUUCUAGCAUAGAAUUACAUAGAGAAUUGUUACAGAUGUUGUUUUAACACUGUAUGAGUAACACACCAGGACAUAAUAAGAGGACAUUUAUUCCUUUUUAAUAACUUGUUUUCAAUUAUUAAAUGAACACCUCAAAACGUUCUUGAGCAUCACCGCACAUAGAGUGGGUAACUCCCACAACAACUCGUUUAAAAUAGGAUACAAUAAUGAUUACAAUAAUGAGCUUGGGACAGAAAGAUGUAGCAUCAAGUGAAAAGCUGUUACAGGGUAUAUUCCCAUUUAUGAGAUAUGUUACAAGACUAAGUCUGUGUAGGUUUAAGCAAUAAUUGAGAGUGAAGCUAUGGCGUUACUGUGAGUUACGUGUGGUUGGAUGAGGCUGAAAAGACCAGACUUCAACAUGCAGUACAUAUGGCUACUAGAUAAAACACUAACCGUAGUCUUUGGUUUUUUUUAAUGCAAUGGAAAACUAAUCUCACUUUUCAUGUUUGAACCUCAGAACAACAGCGGCACACGUUUUGCAAACAAACAAAAGCUGUUACUGUAUGUGCCUUAUAUGAAACUGAUCUGUGUUUCAUUUUUUUAAUGCUUUUCCUAGAGAGGAGCUCAUUGUUAAAUCACUGUAGUGAUUUUUGUGUCAUGCAAAGCUGAGUCACCUGAGGUGGCUGUCAUUAUAUGUAACAAAUCUUAUCAGUGUAGUAAUAUAUUGGUGUUUAAGCUAUUUACAAUUUCAGA